AGGACCUGGGACUUGGAUAUCAGUUUACAGGAGCCUUCAGUAAACAGUCCCUCGGAGAUCCACCCAUCGCCUUCGCCUUCCCCUUCCCUCCCUCUGAGGUCCUCCCCAGCCUCUCUCGCUGGGCGGUGCUGCCCGGAGCGCCAGCGUCCGUGGCUGCAAAUCUCGUUUGCGGAAACUUGCUUUCACCCCAUUCAGAGCCAUGCUUCGCGUGAUUGUGGAAUCUGCCGUCAAUAUCCCUAAAACGAAAUUUGGGAAACCGGAUCCUAUUGUUUCUGUUAUUUUUAAGGAUGAGAAAAAGAAGACAAAGAAAAUUGAUAAUGAACUCAACCCUGUCUGGAAUGAGAUUUUGGAGUUUGACUUGAGGGGUAUACCACUCGACUUUUCAUCUUCCCUUGGAAUUGUUGUGAAAGAUUUUGAGACAAUUGGACAAAACAAAUUAAUUGGCACAGCCACUAUAUCCCUGAAGGACCUGAUCGGCGACCAGAGCAGAUCGCUGCCGUACAAACUGAUCUCCCUGCUAAACGAAAGGGGGCAAGAUACUGGGGCCACCAUUGACUUGGUGAUUGGCUAUGAUCCUCCUUCAACUCCACAUCCAAAUGACCACAGUGGGACCAGCGUGUCAGGCAUGGGAGGAGAGGAGGAGGAAGAUGGAGGUGAAGAAGAUGGGUUGGACAGCACGGUCAGGGACCUGGGGCCCAAGGUGUCAGGUAGGACGGUGUCGGAAGCUCAGCUUGCCCGGAGGCUCACGAAAGGGAGGAACACGCGGCGGCUGCUGUCCAACAAGCCCCAGGACUUCCAGAUCCGGGUCCGAGUGAUUGAGGGCCGGCAGUUAUGUGGCAACAACAUAAAACCUGUGGUCAAAGUCCACAUUUGUGGCCAGACGCACCGAACAAGAAUCAAGAGAGGGAACAAUCCAUUUUUCGAUGAGUUGUUUUUCUACAAUGUCCACAUAACCCCUUCUGAAUUGAUGGAUGAGAUCAUCAGCAUUCGGGUUUAUAAUUCCCAUUCUUUGCGGGCAGAUUGUCUGAUGGGGGAAUUUAAGAUUGAUGUUGGAUUCAUUUAUGAUGAACCUGGUCACGCUGUCAUGAGAAAGUGGCUCCUUCUCAAUGACCCCGAAGAUGCCAGCUCGGGUGCUAAAGGUUACAUGAAAGUCAGCAUGUUUGUCCUGGGAACCGGCGAUGAGCCUCCUGCUGAGAAACCAGAUCGUGAUAAUGACAGUGACGAUGUGGAGAGUAAUUUGUUGCUCCCUGCUGGCAUCGCCCUCCGGUGGGUGACCUUCUUGCUGAAAAUCUACCGAGCAGAGGACAUCCCCCAGAUGGAUGAUGCCUUCUCUCAGACGGUAAAGGAAAUCUUUGGAGGCAAUGCAGAUAAGAAGAACCUAGUGGAUCCCUUUGUAGAAGUUUCCUUUGCUGGAAAAAAGGUUUGCACAAAUAUAAUUGAGAAAAAUGCAAACCCUGAGUGGAAUCAAGUCGUUAAUCUCCAGAUCAAGUUUCCGUCAGUGUGUGAAAAAAUAAAACUAACAAUAUAUGACUGGGACCGUCUUACCAAAAAUGAUGUAGUUGGAACAACAUAUCUACAGCUUUCUAAAAUUGCUGCCUCUGGCGGGGAAGUGGAAGAUUUCUCAUCUUCGGGAUCUGGGGCUGCAUCAUAUACAGCAAAUACAGGAGAAACAGAGGUGGGCUUCAUUCCAACAUUUGGACCUUGUUAUCUGAACCUUUACGGAAGCCCCAGAGAAUACACAGGAUUCCCAGACCCCUACGAUGAACUAAAUACUGGAAAGGGAGAAGGAGUUGCCUACAGAGGUAGAAUCUUGGUUGAACUGACCACUCUUCUUGAAAAGACACCACCAGAGAAAAGGCUUCAGUCCAUUUCAAAUGAUGACCUGCUGGUUGUUGAGAAAUAUCAGCGACGGCGAAAGUACAGCCUGUCUGCUGUGUUCCAUUCGGCCACCAUGCUGCAAGAUGUUGGCGAGGCCAUUCAGUUUGAAGUCAGCAUUGGGAACUAUGGCAACAAGUUUGACUCAACCUGUAAGCCUUUGGCAUCAACCACUCAGUACAGCCGUGCCAUAUUUGAUGGGAACUACUAUUAUUACCUGCCUUGGGCCCACACAAAGCCAGUUGUUACCCUGACUUCAUAUUGGGAAGAUAUUAGUCAUCGCCUGGAUGCAGUAAACACUCUCUUAGUCAUGGCAGAACGGCUGCAAUCAAACAUAGAGGCUCUAAAAUCAGGGAUACAAGGUAAAAUUCCUGCAAACCAGCUGGCGGAAAUAUGGUUGAAGCUGAUCGAUGAAGUUAUAGAAGACACGAGCUACACGUUGCCUCCAAUGGAAGGAAACCCUAAUGUCACAAUUCUAGAUACGCAGAUCCAAAAGCUGCGGUCCAGAUCUCUCUCCCAGAUUCAUGAGGCAGCUGUGAAGAUGAGGUCUGAGGCCACAGAUGUGAAGUCCACAGUGGGGGAAAUCGAGGACUGGCUUGAUAAAUUAAUGCAACUGACGGAAGAGCCUCAGAACAGUAUGCCUGACAUUAUCAUCUGGAUGAUCCGGGGAGAGAAAAGACUGGCCUAUGCACGCAUUCCCGCACAUCAGGUUUUGUACUCCACCAGCGGGGAGAAUGCAUCUGGGAAGUACUGUGGAAAGAUCCAGACCAUCUUCCUGAAGUAUCCACAGGAAAAAAGCAAUGGACCAAAGGUGCCUGUGGAGUUGCGAGUGAACAUCUGGCUGGGCUUAAGUGCUGUUGAGAAGAAGUUCAAUAGCUUCGCGGAGGGAGCAUUUACUGUCUUUGCUGAAAUGUAUGAAAAUCAAGCUCUUAUGUUUGGAAAAUGGGGCACUUCUGGAUUAGUGGGUCGCCAUAAAUUUUCUGAUGUCACCGGAAAAAUAAAACUCAAGAGGGAGUUCUUUCUACCUCCAAAGGGCUGGGAAUGGGAAGGAAGCUGGACAGUUGAUCCUGAAAGAAGCUUGCUGACCGAGGCCGAUGCAGGUCAUACGGAGUUCACGGAUGAAGUAUAUCAGAAUGAGAGUCGCUACCCCGGGGGCGAGUGGAAGCCGGCAGAAGACACCUACACCGACGCGAACGGUGACAAAGCGGCAUCACCCAGUGAGCUCACAUGCCCUCCAGGUUGGAAGUGGGAAGACGAUGCCUGGGUAUAUGACAUAAAUCGUGCAGUGGAUGAGAAAGGCUGGGAGUAUGGAAUUACUAUUCCUCCUGAUAAUAAGCCCAAAUCCUGGGUUGCAGCAGAGAAAAUGUAUCAUACUCAUAGACGACGAAGGCUGGUCCGAAAACGCAAGAAAGAUUCAACACAAUCCACUGCCAGUACUGCAAAGGCCAUGGAAGAAUUUGAAGACCAGGAGGGCUGGGAAUAUGCUUCUUUAAUUGGCUGGAAAUUUCACUGGAAACACCGUAGUUCAGAUACCUUUCGCCGCAGACGCUGGAGGAGAAAAAUGGCUCCUUCAGAAACACAUGGUGCAGCUGCCAUCUUUAAACUUGAAGGUGCCCUUGGCGCAGACACAACCGAGGACGGAGAUGAAAAAAGCACGGAAAAGCAGAAGCACAGUGCCACCACUGUGUUCGGGGCCAACACUCCCAUUGUGUCCUGUAUUUUUGACAGAGUCUACAUGUACCAUCUGCGCUGCUAUAUCUACCAAGCCAGGAACCUCAUGGCUUUAGACAAGGAUAGCUUUUCAGACCCAUAUGCUCAUGUCUCCUUCCUCCAUCGAAGUAAAACCACGGAGAUCAUCCACUCUACUCUGAAUCCCACAUGGGACCAAACCAUUAUAUUUGAUGAAAUUGAAAUCUAUGGGGAACCCCAAACAGUCCUACAGAACCCACCCAAAGUUGUCAUCGAACUUUUUGACAAUGAUCAAGUGGGCAAAGAUGAAUUUUUGGGACGAAGCAUGUGCUCUCCUCUGGUGAAACUAAGCUCAGAAAUGGACAUCAUGCCCAGACUUCUCUGGUACCCAGUAAAGAAUGGAGACAAGACUUGUGGGGACGUCCUUGUAACUGCAGAGCUGAUUCUGAGACACAGGAUUCUAGCUUGGGGCUUAAGAAAUAUGAAGAACUACCAGAUGGCUUCUGUCACAUCGCCCAGUCUCAUUGUGGAGUGUGGAGGGGAGAGGGUAGAGUCUGUGGUCAUCAAAAACCUUAAGAAGACACCCAACUUUCCGGGUUCUGUUCUCUUCAUGAAAGUGUUCUUGCCCAAAGAGGAACUGUACAUGCCUCCGCUGGUGAUCAAGGUCAUCGAUCACAGGCAAUUUGGACGGAAGCCCAUUGUGGGCCAGUGCACCAUCGACCACCUGGACCGCUUUCGCUGUGACCCGUAUGCAGGGAAGGAGGAUAUUGUGCCACACCUCAAAGCCUCCUUUAUGUCUACCCCACCCUGCCGGGACGUCAUUAUUGAAAUAGAAGACACCAAACCAUUACUGGCUUCGAAGCUGACAGAAAAGGAGGAAGAAAUCGUUGACUGGUGGAGUAAAUUUUACGCUUCCACAGGGGAACAUGAGAAAUGUGGACAAUACAUUCAGAAAGGCUAUUCCAAACUCAAGAUAUAUGACUGUGAACUAGAGGAUGUGGCAGAAUUUGAGGGCCUGACAGACUUCUCAAAUACUUUCAAGCUGUAUCGAGGCAAAUCAGAUGAGAAUGAAGACCCUUCUGUGGUAGGAGAGUUUAAGGGCUCCUUUAGAAUCUACCCGCUGCCGGAUGACCCCAGUGUGCCGCCCCCUCCCAGGCAGUUUCGGGAAUUACCUGACAGCGUCCCACAGGAAUGCACGGUUCGGAUUUACAUUGUUCGAGGCUUAGAGCUCCAGCCCCAGGACAACAAUGGCCUGUGUGACCCGUAUAUAAAAAUAACGCUGGGCAAAAAAGUAAUCGAAGAUCGGGACCACUACAUACCCAACACCCUCAACCCGGUUUUCGGCAGGAUGUAUGAACUGACCUGCUACCUACCUCAAGAAAAAGAUCUGAAAAUCUCUGUCUAUGAUUACGACACCUUUACCCGUGAUGAAAAAGUGGGAGAAACCAUCAUUGACCUGGAAAACCGGUUCCUUUCCCGGUUUGGGUCCCACUGCGGCAUCCCGGAGCAGUACUGCGUUUCUGGAGUGAAUACCUGGCGAGAUCAAUUGAGACCAACACAGCUGCUUAAAAAUGUAGCCAGAUUCAAAGGCUUCCCACCACCCGUCCUCUCCGAAGAUGGAAGUAGAAUCAGAUAUGGAGGACGAGAAUACAGUUUGGAUGAAUUUGAAGCCAACAAAAUCCUGCACCAGCACCUCGGGGCCCCUGACGAGCGCCUUGCCCUUCACAUCCUCAGGACUCAGGGCCUGGUCCCUGAGCAUGUGGAAACCAGAACUCUGCACAGCACCUUCCAGCCCCACAUCUCCCAGGGAAAACUUCAGAUGUGGGUGGAUGUUUUCCCCAAGAGUUUGGGCCCACCAGGCCCUCCUUUCAACAUCACACCCCGGAAAGCCAAGAAAUUCUACCUCCGUGUGAUCAUCUGGAACACCAAGGACGUUAUCUUGGACGAGAAAAGCAUCACAGGAGAGGAGAUGAGCGACAUCUAUGUCAAAGGCUGGAUUCCUGGCAAUGAAGAAAACAAACAGAAAACAGAUGUCCAUUACAGGUCCUUGGAUGGCGAAGGGAAUUUUAACUGGAGAUUUGUUUUCCCAUUUGACUACCUCCCAGCUGAACAACUGUGUAUCGUGGCUAAAAAAGAGCAUUUCUGGAGUAUCGACCAAACCGAAUUUCGGAUGCCACCCAGACUGAUCAUCCAGAUCUGGGAUAAUGACAAGUUUUCUCUGGAUGACUACUUGGGUUUCCUGGAACUUGAUUUGCAUCGCACCAUCAUUCCAGCAAAAUCAUCCGAGAAAUGCCAUUUGGACAUGAUUCCGGACCUCAAAGCCAUGGACCCCCUUAAAGUGAAAACCGCCUCCCUCUUCGAGCAGAAGUCCAUGCGAGGCUGGUGGCCGUGCUACGCAGACAAAGAGGGCUCCCGCGUGAUGGCGGGGAAAGUGGAGAUGACGUUGGAAAUCCUUAAUGAGAAGGAGGCCGAUGAGAGGCCAGCCGGGAAGGGACGGGAUGAACCCAACAUGAACCCCAAGCUGGACCCACCAAACCGACCGGAAACCUCCUUCCUCUGGUUCACCAACCCGUGUAAGACCAUGAAGUUCAUCGUGUGGCGCCGAUUCAAGUGGGUCAUCAUCGGCCUGCUGUUCCUGCUCCCCUCGCUUAAGUAUAUAUAUUUUACGCUGUCUUUGCUUCCUUUCCAGAACUAUUUGUCAAUGAAGAUCGUGAGGCCAAACGCAUAAUAAAAGCCAAAGUUUCUUUGCAAGAGUCAUCAGCAAGGAGGGAGCUCUGUCUGUGUUUCUGGACCAAAAGCAAGAGCGAUUUUGUCUGUGUCUGAGACGACAUUCCAAGGGCAAGUUACACUACUUCACCGAAGCCUGGCAGCUCCCCGGGGGUGCGGGUCCUGGAGGCCAAGCCAACAAGCAACACUUUUAUCUUCUAAAGUAUUAAAACUUUUACCAUGUUUUUCGAAAUAUUUUUCAAGGUGGCUGGUUCCAUUUUAAGAAAUCGUCUUUUUUUGUAUGUGUUCUUAGUUAUAUAAUUCAAUCUUUGGAAAGUGCUGAAAUAGAAUUUGAAAAUUCCUGCAUCUUGACCUCAUAGUCUUCUUACUUGUAAUCAACAGAAAGGACUGUGCAUUAUAAAAGCAGAAUAGUUAGAGUUAUUCUUGUUAUGAUUAUUUUAUAUGGAUAAAUACCACGAUAUUUUAUAUGGAUAAAUGUUUAUCAACCUCUGUGAUAAAACUAAAUAAAAGCAUUGCACUUUGAACACA